GCUGGAGCUAGGGAUGGUGUAUACCCACCCCUUCAACCAGGACGAAAGAUUCCCUGGGGUCUGGCCUGACCCAAGGAAUAAAGGUGUUGGCCAUUUGUGUUCAUUCUCAGGGUUCAGAGAUGGGCAGUGAGAAGGAGCAGAGCCCAGAACGGCACCUGCCUGAGGAAGGGGAACGGGGUAAUAAGCCAUGGAGAGUGGAUGACUCAGAGGGUUCUUGGAUCCCAGAUGGGGAGAAAGAGCAUGGGCAAGCAAGCCUGCCAGAGGGGCCACAAGGGCUCUAUCCAGAGAAGCCACCGCAGGACGUCAUUGUCCCCGCUGGAGAGCCAGAGGACCUCUCUGCUCAUCCGAGGCCCGAGGCUGAUGAGAAGCCCUUUAUAUGUGCCCAGUGUGGCAAAACCUUCAAUAAUACCUCCAACUUGAGAACACACCAGCGGAUCCACACAGGCGAGAAACCCUACAAGUGUUCUGAGUGUGGCAAGAGCUUCUCGAGAAGCUCCAACCGCAUCCGGCACGAGCGCAUCCACCUGGAGGAGAAGCACUAUAAGUGCCCCAACUGCGAGGAGAGCUUCCGGCGGCACUCGGACCUCACCUCGCACCAGCAGGACCACCUGGGCAGGUGGCCCUUCCGCUGCGACAUCUGCGGCAAGAGCUUCAGCCAGAGCUCGGCGCUGGCCGUGCACUACCGGACCCACCUGGAGCCGGCGCCCUACAUCUGCUGCGAGUGCGGGAAGAGCUUCAGCAACAGCUCCAGCUUCGGCGUGCACCACCGCACCCACACGGGUGAGCGGCCCUAUGAGUGCGCUGAGUGCGGGCGCACCUUCAGCGACAUCUCCAACUUUGGGGCGCACCAGAGGACCCACAGGGGCGAGAAGCCCUACCGGUGCACGCUGUGUGGGAAGCACUUCUCCCGCAGCUCCAAUCUCAUCCGCCACCAGAAAACUCACCAGGGAGAGCAGGCUGGGAAAGAUUCCAGCUGAAGAGGGCGAGGAAGAGAAAGAGCAGAGCAUGGGACCCCAACCUAGUGCAGAAAGAUCUUUAGGAUCUCCUGCUGCCCCCUUGACCUCAAGCCCUUCCUCCCACUUUGGAGAGUGGUUUUCUGUUGCCUCUGAAGCCAGGAUCUCCAGGAAGUCCUGAGAAGGGACUCUUGAGUAAAAAUCGUCACUUUUUUUCCAGGCCGAUUUCUUGUGGUAGAAAGUCAGAGGACCCCGUCUUGGCUUCACCUCCUUGGGGUGAAAGAGAAAUAAGGUAGGCUUAGGAUAUGCUCAUAUCAUUUGGGCAACCGUCCCCUGGCCUUUGAGGAAGUGCCUGUGAGGUGGGCAUCACUGUCUGGAGGUCCUCUGUAUAGUAUGUGGACCGCUUAGGGCACACUGCAGUGGUCCACUAGUUCCCACCUGCUGUGCCUCAGCUGGGCUGGGAGGAGCAGGGGAGAAAGGGGCCCCCUUGGCCCAGAGAAGAGGUCUGAGGUCCUACUUCCGGAAUGAAAGGGAAGCCCUCAAGGAGCCAUGAUCCAGGGACCCUCACACUCCCUCCUGUUUGUGACUUGUCACCCCUGCCCCAACGUGCAUCUGUUUCCCCAGGGUUAGCAGUAAAAACCCUUUAAUGAAAA